GGGGAGACUUGGGGCCCAGCUCAGUGCCUCUACUCCCCAUGGCGCUGCCAUCGCCUGCUCCUCCAUGUCGGGGACUUGGGGGAGGGAGGGUCUCUGUCUUCUCUCUGUCUCCUGCCAGAAGCUCCUCCUCUUCAGUGUUCCCUCCUACCUCAGGGUCCCCCUGCUUGGCACUGCAGGAGACAGGGGCUUCUCAGCCUCGACACAGUGCCCUUCCCACCCCAGCCACUACCCCAACACAGACCCUGCCCACAAUGACACCCACCUCUGCUCCCCCCUCCUGGGGGGCCCAUUCCACCCCAUCCCCGGCCUCGGUCACUCCCCCUCCCUCCCGCCGGUGCCCCCAGGAUCCUCCUGGGCUUCGGAUAGGCCCUCUGAUCCCUGAGCAGGAUUAUGAGCGGUUAGAGGACUGUGACCCCGAGGGGUCCCAAGACUCACCCCUCCAUGGGGAGGACCAUCAACCCUUGCUUCAUGUGCCUGAAGGGCUCCGUGGCUCCUGGCAUCACAUACAGAACCUGGACAGCUUCUUCACCAAGAUCUACAGUUACCACCAACGGAAUGGCUUCACCUGUAUCCUGUUGGAGGAUGUCUUCCAGCUGGGGCAGUUCAUUUUCAUCAUCACCUUCACCACCUUCCUCCUUCAAUGCGUGGAUUACAGCAUUCUCUUCAACAACCGACCAAUUAACCAUACAAGACCUGGACCGUUCCACAGCAAAGUGACCUUGUCUGAUGCCAUCCUACCCUCAGCCCAGUGUGCAGAGAAGAUUCACAACACUCCCCUGUUGGUCUUCCUCCUGGUCCUGGCUGCUGGCUUCUGGCUGUUCCAGCUGCUUCGCUCCAUCUGUAACCUCUUCAGCUACUGGGACAUCCAGGUGUUUUACAGGGAGGCCCUGCACAUCCCCCCGGAGGCGCUCAGCUCGGUACCCUGGGCUGAGGUGCAGUCCCGCCUCCUGGAGCUGCAGAGGAGCGGGGGUCUGUGCGUGCAGCCGAGGCCCCUGACGGAACUGGACGUCCACCACCGCAUCCUGCGCUACACCAACUACCAGGUGGCACUGGCCAACAAGGGGCUGCUGCCGGCCCGCUGCCCGCUGCCCUGGGGGGGCAGCGCCGCCUUCCUUAGCCGGGGUCUGGCGCUCAACGUGGACUUGCUGCUCUUCCGCGGCCCCUUCUCGCUCUUCCGCGGCGGCUGGGAGCUUCCAGAAGCCUACAAGCGCAGCGACCUCCGGGGCGUCCUGGCGGCUCGCUGGAGGCGCACGGUGCUGCUAUUGGCCGCCGUGAAUUUGGCCUUGAGCCCGCUGGUGCUGGCCUGGCAGGUGCUGCACGCCUUCUAUAGCCACGUGGAGCUGCUGCGGCGCGAGCCGGGUGCCUUCGGGGCGCGCCGCUGGUCCCGCCUGGCCCGCCUGCAGUUGCGCCACUUCAACGAGCUGUCCCACGAGCUCCGCGCACGCCUGGCCCGCGCCUACCGUCCAGCAGCCGCCUUCCUGCGCGCCGCAGAGCCCCCCGCACCACUGCGCGCACUGCUGGCCCGCCAGCUCGUCUUCUUCUCCGGAGCUCUCUUUGCUGCUCUGUUGGUGCUCACCGUCUACGACGAGGACGUGUUGGCCGUGGAGCAUGUGCUCACUACCAUGACCGCGCUCGGGGUCACAGCCACCGUGGCCAGGUCCUUCAUCCCAGAAGAGCAAAGCCAGGGGCGCCCCCCACAGCUCCUGCUGCAGGCAGCCCUGGCGCACAUGCACUACCUCCCGGAGGAGCCGGGUGCUGGCGGCAGGGCCAACGCUUACUGGCAGAUGGCGCAGCUGCUACAAUACCGAGCAGUCUCCCUCCUGGAAGAGCUCCUGUCUCCACUCCUCACCCCGCUCUUUCUGCUCUUCUGGUUCCGCCCUCGUGCUCUGGAGAUUAUUGAUUUUUUUCAUCACUUCACCGUGGACGUGGCCGGCGUUGGGGACAUCUGUUCCUUUGCCCUCAUGGAUGUGAAGCGCCAUGGCCAUCCUCAGUGGCUCUCAGAGGGACAGACGGAGGCUUCACUCUCUCAGCGUGCAGAGGAUGGAAAGACAGAGCUCUCCUUGAUGCGGUUCUCCCUGGCACAUCCACAAUGGCAGCCACCAGGGCACAGCUCUAAGUUCCUGGGGCACUUUCGGGGCCGGGUACAACAAGAUGCAGCUGCCUGGGGUGCAACUUCAGCUCGAAGCCCCCCCACCCCAGGGGUGCUCAGUGACUGCACAUCCCCUCUUCCGGAAGCCUUCCUGGCUAACCUCUUGGUGAACCCCUGCCUGCCCCCAAGGGACCUGAGUCCCACAACCCCCUGCCCUGCUGCUGCCACAGCCAGCCUCCUUGCCUCUAUUUCCCGCAUGGUCCAGGACCCCAGCUGUGUGUCCCCAGGAGGCACUGGGGGCCAGAAGCUGGCCCAGCUCCCAGAGCUUGCUUCUGCUGAAAUGAGCCUCCAUGCCAUUUACCUGCACCAGCUCCAUCAACAGCAGCAGCAGGAACUGUGGGGGGAGGCUUCAGCCUCCUCCCCAUCCAGGCCCUGGUCCAGCCCCUCACAGCCUGCCUCACCUGAUGAGGAAAAGCCAUCUUGGUCAAGUAAUGGCUCCAGUCCUGCUUCCAGCCCCAGACAGCAGUGGGGCACCCAGAGGGCCCGGAAUCUGUUCCCAAGGGGGUUUCAGGAGCCCCCAGUCACCCAGAAGGAGCCCCUCCCAGGCCCCUUGCAUUGAUCGAGGACACCUCAGGUUCUGGCUUUUUCAGGAGACUAGAUGGGGUGACAUGAAGCCAUCUCUCGAGGCCCCCCACAGAUGACAGGCCCAGGAUGCUUUAUUUGGGCAGACUUGGAAGUUAAUGAGGAGCUUGCCCAGAGCACAGAGUGGGAGAUGACUGGGUUUGGACUACGAGGCUAAAUGUGGUCCCCACAAAUAAGGGGUCACUGGCCCCACUGGCUGGAGCAGUUGCUGGGAAGAAGUACCCCAGCAUCCCUAAGGCGGAGGGCAGGGCCCAGGCAAAGGUCAAGCUCUGUGUUAGGGAAGCAGUGAGGCACAUGGCCUGAGAGGCAGGGAAGUUCUUCCUGUUGGCUCCCCCCUUGAGGUUCCUGUGGGACUAGGGGUGGGACAUGGGGACUUGUGAGUGGAAAAACUAGAGAUGGUUUCUGUUUUUGGACUUCAGCACAGCUGUGAUGUCUGAGGAAGUGGGUGGGGCUCCUCAUCCUGUGAGAAAUAAGCAGUAAGGAUUGCUCAUGGCUGUGCUCUGCUGUGAAGUUUGUGGCAUGCCUGGCUCCUGAUAGCUGAGGACUGCACCUGUUUUCUCAAUCACCCAACUGCCUGUGACUGCCUGGAAACUGUUUUCAGAGUGCUGAGUCACAGAGUGUGUGUAGAGCUUCCUCUUAAAGAAUCACCCCCUCCACAUCUGUACACAUUAAAGCACAAAACUUUAAUUGUAAUUCACAAGGGCUGGGUUAAGCAUCUCAUGACAUCUGGCACGGUGUUUUAUGAUGAAUCUUCAAUAAAUAUUUGAAUGACUUA